AAAAUUUAGUCUGCAUCUGACAGGCAGAAGUCACUGCUUGUUACCAUGGACUUACAGCUGAUUAUAGAUGAUAGCCACUCUAUCUUAUUCAUACUUGCACUUAAAAAACACUAGUAUAAUUAUGUUGCAUAUAUUGUUAUUACCUUUUAAUUGUCUCUAAGGCUACAUUGAUACUUGUCUGAACUUAACCUCCUUGUUUGUUGACCUCUUCCCAUAUGGAAUUGGCACGUAGGGGAUAUUCCUCACUGACCGUGCAGUUUGGCAAUGGUUUAUUUGAGCCUAAGGCAGGAAUAAGAGAGGGAGUAAAAGUCGAAUGUUAUCGUUUCAAAGACUCGAUCAUCAAAGAUAUCAAAGAUGCUGAUCUAGUCAUAAGUCAUGCUGGUGCUGGCACAUGCCUUGAGGUACUAGAGCGUAAUAAAAAAUUGAUUGUGGUAAUUAAUGAAGAAUUAAUGGACAAUCAUCAAACCGAACUUGCUGACAAGUUGUUCAAGGAGCACCAUGUCUUUUGUUGUACUCCAGCCUCGCUCUGCAGACUUAUUCAAAGUAUGGAGUUUACACACAUCAGGCCUUUCCCACCUGGCGAAACAUUAACCAUAGCAAAGUUUUUAGAUGAGGUCUGUGGAUUUGGAACUACACCUCCCACCCAAUAACGUAAGCGCCAUUUUUCUAUGUGAUUUGUAACCAAAGAAUUGAAAGAUCAGUAAUAAUAAUAGAUACUGUAUAAUUUGAAGCCACGAUAAAAAACUGUAAAUAUGAUCAUCAUUGAAUGGUGGUGAUUCACAUUCCAUAUGUAAAUGGAUAUUUCCUUGGUAGUCUGUCCUGGGCAAAAUAAAACCAAUAAAACAAUGAA